GGAGGCAAGCCUUCGUCAAAGGCGACCAAUUUUAGAGUGUAAUUUGAACUCCGUAAUAAAAGACUACUUGGGAAAACCUGUUCGUUGUAAUAGUAAUACACUAGUAAUAAGUAAGCUGUUACCUUUGUAUACAGUGCGUCCGAAAUGAUGCAUAUUGGUGAAAAUUUCCAAACCGGGAUUGACUUGUAUGGUCAGUUCAUAGAUAUAAGAAAGUGACUAACUGAUACGAGUUAAGAAAAGACGCGGGCAAGCUGUAAGAAUGAAAUAUGGCCGAGCAGUUGUCAGAUGAACCAAAAUCGUUGGAUUCCAGAGAAAUAAUAAGGACCACCCAUGGGUGGAAUGAAAUCGAACAAAAAAAAAGUGACAGUGGAUAAGCCUAAUAUCAUAAACAGGACUCUUGAAAUAAUAAUAACAACGUGGGUAAAUGGUGGAAGAAUAACCAAGACCAAAAGUGCGAUUCUGAGACUUAGCAAAAAAUGGAAAAACUCAUAUAUAACCAAAAAUACUAAAAUUAAUCUGGUCUUUCCAAUCUUCUCAUGCCGCUCAGAAUCGUGGACGGUUAGUGCCAAAGAACGCAAAUAUAAUGACAUCAUUGUAACGUGGUACUACUGGAGAUUGCUUAGAAUUCCCUGGACCGCGACGAGAACUAAUCAGUAACCAGUAACCACCAGUGUUGCAAUCUUUUGGACACGUAGCUAGAAGACGAGAUGACAGUAUAGAAAGGCUUAUAGUGAUGAUGAAGUAGAGAUAGAGAGUAUGAGAUAGUCUGACAAAAUCAAACAAGUCACAAUCCCUUCACAUAUCGUUUCACCAGGCGGAGAAAUGUGGAAGGAGACACUAUAAAGGUUGAAUAAAGGCAUUCCAAAAAGGUGACGACCCUCAUGACUGAGGAACUGAGCAGAGAGAGGUAGAUAGGUAUUUCUUUUUAUAAAUAUAAAAAGCGCAAUUUUACUAAUAAUCGAAAUUCAGAAAGGCUAGCCAUUUUCAAGAACAAUCUUCAAUGAAGGUUAACUACAUGUAGAGCAUAGCAUUUUCGACUUGAUAUAUGAACUGCAAGAAUCGCUCGCUCGCAACUCCACACAAAAAUAUAGCAAGAUAAGAGAGGGCUCAAGUUGCCAAUAAACAAAUCCGAAAGGUAAACACUAUUGAUAAAAUAUUUUAUUUGAUAAGAUUAACCGGAGUAUCUGAUUACCACGAGUCUGUGCGAGCCCAAAUAAUAAGGUAAGGCGCGAUAUCGUUUUCUUAUCGACUGCCAAGGAUCAUUUGAACGAGUAAACGGUUUAAAAGACUCCUGUUAAAUAUUUAGUCAAUAUUUGCGCAAUCGGGAGACAGACCGUUAGUCUGUCGUUCGACUCUGGUUCGCGAUGAGGUUAUUCUUGGUGAUGGUGUGGAUCUCCGCGACGCACGCUUCAUGUCCGACGUCCUGUAAUUGCACGGACACGUCCCUACUGUGCAUCGACAAACGGCUUGAUUUCGUUCCGGAUUUAAAUCAAUUGGACUGGAGUCCUUUGAUCGUCGACCUUUCGGGAAACAACCUGGCCUACAUCGACGCCGACCACUUCAGUUUCGACAAGAACGCCGACGUGAAAGAAAUCUACCUAAACAAUUCCGAGAUCGUUGGCAUCGAAAGCUACGCGUUCACAGAAUUAGAAAGCCUGCAAGAGUUAUACUUAGGCCAGAACCUGCUCAACGACGUGAGUGAGUUUAUAAUAGAGCCGCUGGAAAGCAUGGUACUGCUCGACCUGUCUGGAAAUUACUUUAGCGGCGACAUGCCGAAGAUCCGAUCGAAAAGCUUGGAGGUUCUGGCUGUGGCAAACGCGAAGAUCGUCAACGUUCCCGACGACUCUCUGACCCACCUACCGAACUUGAAGCUCCUUUUGCUCCAACAGAACAAUCUGAAGAGUAUCACGUUCGACGCAUUCAAGACGUUCGAGCCCAACUCGUUUUUCAUGAAGCUGUCGUAUAAUUCGUGGGAGUGCAGCUGUGAGAAUUGGCGCGCGUUCAAGCUGCUGGCCAGCAAGAAUUUCGUCGACGUGUCGGAACCGUAUCAGUGCUCGAACGGAGGAGUUUUCGACGAUAUAUUCGGGAAUGAUAUCCCCGACAAGUGCAGGGACAACGUGGUGGACAGAGACCUCAGUAACUAUAAAGAAAUCAGAGCCAUGGUGGACGAGGAUCGGAAAGCGUUGACAAAAAUACGUGCCCAAGAAGACACGGUAUACGAAGAUCAAUAUUUAGAUGAUAUGUCUUCUGAAGAAUCCUCUAAAAACUGUUCUGAUAGUUUCUUAAUACACUUCCGACCACAAGACGACUACUUUGUGGUGCUGCUGGGGGCGGUGCUGACCAGUUUUUUCCUAGGUUUGGUGGCGGGCUUGUUGUUUUGCAAGGUUUUAAUCGCAUUUAGGUAUCGUAAGCUGGAGCAAGUGUCGGACAGUCGGGCAAAAUUGAUCUCGCCUUAGCUAGCAGACAAAGCCAGUACAUAGUUUUUGAUAAAUAUAAGAGUUAAAAUUUUUCUAGGUGCUCAAUUUAAUACUUUUUCCUGUAAAUAGCUAAUAAACACACAAGCUUUGGUGCUAAUUGACAUUAAGUAUUUCAAAUCAGCGUAAGAAUUUCGUAUUGUGUGUGAGUAUGUAGCGGGUGAUCAUUUACAAAUUUUGUAUUUAACGUUUAGGAAAAAACGUCCAAUACCAAAAUUGUUCAAAAAUAGGAAGCUAUUUGCAAGAUAUAUUUUUAUAUAUACAGGGUGUUGUAGAAAUCACGCACAGAUAAAAGUUAUUUUUUAAUGAACAUAAACGCAACGUUCAAAAAUAAAAUAAUAACAUUCAAGAAUUUAUAAUUGAUAUCUUAGGUGGCUGGGAAGUAGGUCAUCAUCAAAAAACAAAACUAUGUGUAAUUAACCCCCAUACGUUUUUUUUUACCAAAAAACUUUCAACGAAUCUAUGAAAAAUUUCAACAGCAUAGAACCUAGCCAGAAAGAAAAGAACAUUUCGUAUAAUAUUAUAUCCUAAUACCUAUAUAAUAUACCUCAAUUCAACAUGAAAAAAUAAUCUAGAACUUAUAUUAUACCAAUCUAAAUUAUUACAAAUGGAAAAUUGUUCAACUGGUCCCUAAUUUUUUUCAAUAUAUCUGAUGUAUGUUCUCUAAUCUUUCUAAAGCGACGGUGAUAGAUUGAGAAUAUUCUUCGUUUAGAAUUUGAACUUCUGUUCUAAUCAGGUUUUUUAAGAUGCGCUCUGUUUUCGAUGGUAUUUGCCUUUACACCAUCCCAUACCCAUAAAAUUGCAUCCAUUUGGCCAUUUCAUUGUUCCAUCUUUUACAAUCCAUUCAUUAAACCUUUGAUUUAAAUAGUCUUUAACAAAUACUACACAAUAAGUGGGAGCGCCGUCUUCUUGAAAGACAUGGUUCGUUAGAUGUUCCAAUAGGAGCUCAUCCAUAUGGUUCUGGUUUAAAGUAACGUCGAUGAAAUCAGUCCUCAUUUCUUUGUUUCUUCUAUUAUCCUGUUUAAAAGAGCACACUACACACUGACAGUUUGGCAUUCGAGGAUUUAUUGUAACCCACUGUCUCCUGUUUUUUGAUUUAUAAUACCACUGGUUAAAACAUUUUUGAAAUAAGCAUCAUUUCAUGGCAAAACUCAACCCUUUCUUUCGAUGCCUGGUCGUUAAUUUUGUGGUAGGCCUAAGGUUUUCUUUAUCUUGAACGAAUAUGUUUUGCUAAAUCUGUAACUGGUAACUGUCACUGUCAGUUAUAAACUUUUGUUUUUUGGUUCUAGAAUAUUAUUUUAUUUUUGAAUGUUGCUUUCAUAUUCAAAGCGCAUAUACCUCAAAAACUAUUGAAUUUGGGUAUAGUACAUGUUAUACAAGAAAUGUGUAGAAUUUUUAGCGGAUUUUAUUUAGCGUAUUAAUAUACAGGGUGUGCCAUUAAAAAAUAUAUAACUUUUAUCUGUGGGUGAUUUUUGCAACACCCCAUAUAUUUAAAAAAAUUACUUGCAUAUAGUUUCAGUUAGUUUUGAACAACUUUUGUAUUUGACGUUUUUUUCACAAACGUUAAAUAAUAAUAAUAUGUUUAUUUUUGCACUUUACAUUUAUCUAUUACCAGUAAACCAAAAGCACAGCGCAAAAAAAGGUACUGGGAAACAAUUUUAAAAAAGGUCAAAGCCCAGUCCCUAAUUUCAUAGCUACUUAUAUCUUAACAUAUUAUGAUACAUACUGAAUAUAUCAAUUCAUUAACAUGAAUACAUAAAAAUUAUCUUUGACUAAUAGAGUGAUCAUAAAUUAGUUUCUUUAUGUUAUUGUUAAAAGUUAAAGUGGGUUAGAUCACAUAUGAAUGUAAGAGUGCACGAAAACAUUUAAAGCAGGUAUGGCACGCAUAGAAUCGAAAUGCCACACAAGAUUUAAAUAAAUGAAAUGAACAAUAUUCAUUCUCAUUUGCUUCCCGCAAAGCUAUGGUCGCUAUGUAUAUUUUAACUAUCUGUUUGCAGCCGUACGGUUAACACAGCUACAAAAGUUACGUGUAUAAUAUUAUAUAUUUUUA